CUGUUCUCAUUCUACUUUUCGUUGUUUCUUUCCUUUUUUGGCAAUUUUACAGGCAUUUAUUGAAAUUCAUGACACGUUGCGAAGUUCUACACCUGUUAUUCUAGCUAGUGUGUGUGGGUUUGAAGCCUGCGUUGGACUUGGGUUCUGGAUUGCUGUCAUUGACAAGAUUCUUGCAGCAGUUGCAGGAUCGUAGGUGUGGAUGAGAUUGUAAGAAUUGAGAGAGAGAGAGAGCAGCGCGGAUGCAAGAAUGAGUAAUAGGGCAGUGGUUCAAACGGGCUUUCCAGGCGAAGACGAAGGAUCUUUGGAACUGGUGCAACGGCCCAUCCCUCGAGCAUCUCCAGGGACAGUGGUCAUUCGCCUCACCACGCGUUCUGUCAAUCCCAAUGACCUCACCAACAUCCGUGACAACAAAUUGAAGAGUUUCCAAGAUGAGCACCACCCUGUCAUCGGCUCUGAAGGUUGCGGUCGCAUCUUUGAGGUGGGGAAAGGAGUGACAAAAUUUAAGAUAGACCAGCGGGUGGUGCCGGUGUUGUACUGGAAGUACUACCUUGGCAAAGGCGAAGGCGCUUGGCAGGAUUAUAUCGAAGUAGCGGAGGAAGACGUUGUUGCGGUGCCCAGCACUGUUUCGGAUGAAUCCGCGGCCCAGUAUCUCAUCAACCCUUGGACUGCGUAUGGACUUGUUACAGAGAUUGAUGUGCCUGAAGGAGGUUAUCUUCUUCAGACAGCUGCAGCAUCGACAAUAGGCCGGCAAAUUAUUCAGCUGUGCAAAUUCUGGAAAAUCAAGACCAUUAACGUGGUGCGAAGGGACGAUUGUAUUUCGGAAUUGAAAGAGAUCGGAGCUGACGAGGUUAUCAACUCCAGCGUUGAAGAUGUCGUGAAGAGAGUGAAACAAAUAACAAACGGAGCAGGAGUUUACGCUGCCGCUGAUGCUGUCGGAGGCGUCCUAACCAAGGAUGUAGCUGCGAGUGUACAAGAUGGAGGGAAAGUUUUUGUGUAUGGCACACUGGGAGGCUGGGACAUAACUGUAAGCAAAUUGGAUCUUAUUCGUAACGUUGAGAUCAAGUAUUACCGCUUGACUAGGUGGCUGGAGAAAGGGAAUAACAAGGAGAAGGUGAUGAGGGAUGUUAUGAGAUACUUAGAAGCAGGAGUGUUGGUGCCCAAUUUUGGGAAGAAGUUUGACUUGGAAGAUUUCAGAGCGGCCAUUUGUGAAUCUGAGAGACAAGCAAGAGGAGGUAAGGUUUUACUUGUGAGCUGACCUCACCCUAGGUCCAUCCCUCAUUGUUUUUUGAACAUAAUCAGCUGUUGAGAAUGAAUUCUCAGGUAAUGACUCGAGCAAAAUUGGGUCGUAAGCACCGCAUUCAUGUGAAGGUAUGCCAAGCAGUUCGGAACCAUCUUGUUCUAAGCUUGCAUGUAGCGUAAUUCAACUUGUGGGCUUAGCAUUGUUUGGCUUUCAUUGCUUAAGCAAUAUGGCUCUCAAAUAUAAACUUGUGCUGAUCCUGAAUCCCACACAAUUUUCUACACAUAAAUUUACAUUCAACGCCAAAGGAUUUUUUUAAAGAAAAUAAAUUAAAUCAGUUUUUAUUCAA